CAUGCAUCAAGCAGCUCUAGCAGAUGAGAAUCAAUGUGUUGUUGACAUGAAAACUCCAUCAUCAUGGAAUGAUUCAAGAGGUGCGGGAGGAAACUGGGGUGGAUUUGUCAACAACAACACAUGUGCACAAGCACUAGAAACAUAUUUAUAUGCGUUGGCGAAGAACGCCAACAAAACCGGGGAAAUAUUCCUGAACCGCACACAGCGAAAGGCCUGUCUGAGUUCAACAAACAUGAGUGAGAAAACCUGUGGCAUUGAGAGGCUAAUUAGUGGGAGAGGAGGGUGCUCGGACUACUCAGUGAAAGACGUUGUUAACGAGCAAGCAAUUCAGCUGCAGAAUUUGGAUCAAGGCUGCAAUGAAGGGUGCAGCUCUUGUUUGAAGAGGUGGGAGCAGAUGGAUUUUUCAUCGGCCAGUAAUAGCUCGAUCGAAGAAGAAGAAGAAGCCGAUAUCUGUAGGUUUUCGGUUCUUGUUUCACUAACUAGUAGAAGGGCUAGUGACAUGGAAUGGAUAGAUUCAAUCUACACCUGCCUUGGAGAUGGAAUUCCAUUAGCUGAUGAGGGAAAACAAGAAAAGAAGAUCACCUUAACUAAAGAUCUUGAAAUUGUGGCUGGUGGUGUUGGGGCCAUUUCAAUAGUAGUAGCCAUUUUGUGUGUAAUCUUCUUCUACUUGAAGAAAAGGACCAAAACAAGACCUUCUAAAGAGAUUUAUGGUGGAAAUUCGUGUUGGGAGCAAUCCAGCAGCAUCAAGAUCUCAGUCAGAGAGGUGUAUCAAGCCACAGAAAAUCUCAGUGCAACAAACUUCAUAGGCCAAGGCAUAGCAGGGAAAGUAUACAAGGGGAUUCUGUGGAACGGGGAGGCUGUGGCGGUUAAGCACAUAUUAAACGAGGGGCACAUGGAGACGUUUGUAAGGGAGGUGAGGAGCUUAUCACAUGUGAAGCACCCGAACCUGGUGCAGUUGUUAGGGCAUUGCGAUGGAGAAGAUGAGAGCUUUCUUGUUUACCAACUGUGUGAGAAUGGAAAUCUGUCUGAGUGGCUGUUUGGGAAGCAUAGAUUGUUGUGUUGGAUUAGAAGGGUGGAGAUUGCUCUAGACUGUGCGAGAGGCCUCUGGUUUCUUCAUACCUAUCCCCAAGGCUGCAUUGUUCACCGUGAUGUUAAGCCAACAAACAUCCUUCUAGGCAGCAAGUUUGAAGCGAAACUGUCGGAUUUCGGAUUGUCAAAGGUGAUCUCGAUGGGAUUCUCCCACGUGAGCUCGGAGGUACGUGGAACCUUCGGGUACGUGGACCCCGAGUACCAGAAGGAUCGGCAGGUGCACUCGUGUACAGAUGUUUAUAGUUUUGGAGUAGUUCUGUUGCAGCUGCUGUCGGGGCAAAGGGUCAUGAAUCUCGAAGUCAGUAGACCCGUGGCCUUGAGUAAAAAGGCUAAAAAGGUGAUGAGAAAAGGCGGAGGCGGAGGGGAUAUAACAGAAUUUGCGGAUCCAAAACUUAAUGGUGAGUAUUGUUUGGAGGGGUUUGAGAUGAUUUUGAAGCUAGCAUUGUGUUGUAUUGGAGUUAAGCAGCAACGCCCUUCCAUGGAAACAGUCGUCUCAUUGCUACAGGAAGCUCGUCGCAUUUCUCUCCACACCAUCCACAAAUAACAAAUACUACCUACUACCUACUACUAUAUGCUUGGCUUUGUAAAUACCAUUUUCACAAGGACCAUUUUUUGGGCUGAAAUAUUUAUUUCUCUUCUACUACUAUACCUCAUAAAUAACCAUACCCCAUUUUCAUUUAUCUUCUUAAUUAUACACCUUGGAUCACCUUUGCUUCUUUCUUCUU